AGAGUGAGAAGGAGACCAAUGGCAGGGCCUCUCCUAUUCCAGGCAAGGAGGACACGCCCAUACGCUUCGACAUCACUGGCAAGACCUUUGUGAAUGUAUCCCAUUUUCACCUUCGAAAGGUACACACCCUUCGCCAUCAUUCUGUACGAGGGCCAAGGCUGCGGGCCGUAGACGCAAAGGCUUGUGUGUAUAACUCACGGGGCAUCCCCCGCAGAUCCCGUCGCAUAACUUCGGCCGCCGACUCUACUCGUCAGACCCCCCUUGCCCACCGGCUUGCUUCCCUCCCCGGAUCUUGAUCAGUUUUCUCAUUAAAAUCCAGUGCCAAGGCCCACGGAAGCUCUAGCUUCCUCCUGCCUUUGACCUUGAAAAGCUUCUCCUUUCUUUCCGUACGGGUAGCUGCGAGGAGGGACAGAGUUACAACGGCCAUGAUCGAGUUCGUGGCUAGACGGGCCGUCGAGGCUCGUUGGGUCGAUGUCGAGGACCUGCCGUCGUCGCCUCUGCAGAAGGCCAUCAUGGCGAUCCUCUUCGGCUUCACCCUGACCGCGUUCUUGACCUGGGCGCUGAGGAUGUACAGCAAGGUCUCAUCCAAGCAGAUAGGACUGGAUGACUGGUUCAUGACCGGAGCCAUGUUCUUCUCCGUGGCCCUGCUCGCCCCGACGUACAUGUUCUUCAAGUACUACUACGCCGGCUUCCCGACGUCGUCCUUGCCCGAGGACUGGGACCCUUCCCCGAUGCUCUUCUGGAACUGGAUCAUGCAGGUGUUCUACAACCCGAUCCUCGCCCUCGUCAAGUCGUCGGUACUGGUCUUUCUUCUCCGGCUGGGCGGCCACAAGCCCGGUGUGCGGUACGCCAUCUACACCCUCAACACGGUCAACCUGGCCACCAUGGUUGCCAUCUUCUUGGUCGUGCUGUUCCAGACCAUUCCGAUCAAUGCCUUCUGGGACCCGACGAUCCCCAAGCAGAGGGAGAUUGACGGCCCUCUGUUCUACAUCGUCAGCGCCAUCAUCACUAUCAUUACCGACUUUUUUGUCCUCGCCAUCCCCUUUUGGAUCUUCCUCGGGCUCAAGAUGCGCAUGGCCGCUAAGAUAGGCCUCAUUGUGGUGUUCCUUGCGGGUGGCGUAUCGAUCGUGGUGGCCAUCCUCCGCGUCCACGAGCUGCGCAGGAAGCUAUACAACAUAGACCCCACCUACGACGCGCGCAACGGCAUCGGCGACACGUACAGCGCCAUCGAGGUGAACCUCUCCAUCAUCGCCGCCUGCAUCCCGGCUCUGCGGCCGCUCUUCCGCCGGUGGAUGCCGGGCAUGUUCUCCAACAAGAGCAGCGCCGACAAUGCGGGCUAUAACAGCGGCGCCGGGGGCGGGCAGUACGCGCGCUACGGCGCCGGCACCGGGAACGGCACAGGAAACGGCCGGAUCAACAGGAAUACGGUCGGCAACGGAUUCCCGAUGAAGGACAUGCGCAGCACGCACACGGAGAUUAGGGGCCACUCGCCGGACGGCAGCGAGGAGGAGAUCAUGACGUUUAACGGCAUCAUCCGGACGACCAAUGUCCACGUCACGUACAACGAUUCGAAUUCGAUCAUGACGGACAAGGAGUCGGGGGCGGAGCGUGUCGAUGCCGAGAAGCCGGUAAAGCAGAACAGCAACUUUGGCCUGGGUCCCAAUAUCUGAGAAAAGGAAGAAAAUAGGGGCUUACUGGUGCAGGGUUUGCGUAAUCCAACUUGGUGUAGACACUGGUUCCCAAUGUCCGGUCUCAGGCAGACCCCCGGUACACUACUGCCUACCGACAUGGGACCGGUACUGAAAACUCUGACUCUUACGGCUAUAUUAUUUUCCAUUUGUCUGUUACUGAUGAUUGAAAGAGGCCGAGUCACUAUGCUCGCUAAUUACACAUUGGGGUUCGACAGCUCGCUCAAGUGGUUGCAGCAGCUCAGGAGUACGAAAUAUCAGGAUCCAUUUUCCGCAUCACGACUCACAAUGAACUCCCGGGUAACAACCUGACCAGCGACACAAUUAUCCAACUUGGGGACGUUUGCGUGCAGAUCCAGAAACAUGGUUUGAAUGUUUGAAGGAGUCGCCUUCUGAUUAACAACCCCUCGUCAACAUCAAAGCAUACCGCUUCUACUGCACUCGGUUUGGCUUCUAGAGCCCAUGCGAAGCAAGACUCUCGGGCGAUGCAAAGACGGCUCACAUGAAUCACUUUCGCUUCAGAAUUCUCUGCUCUAACAGAAUUAUGAGCUUCAUCAGAUGACUUAAGAAAAUCCGG